ACAUCUGACAUUUUUGUAGACAAAAUUGAAUUUUUACAAAACAAACGAGAAUAAAAUAUUUUUAGUGCAUAAAAUUAACCUAGCAGGCAGUAAACCGGUUGAGAAUUAUUAUUGAUAUAGGUUUUCCCCAUUUGACGAUUUGCUUUACUUACAACCUUGCUAGUUUGUGUCGCACACUCGCGAUCACACUCAGAUGUCAGUCUCAUUUGUGAUAUCAUUAAAAUGUUACGUGAACCAGUCAGUUAAUUUAUCAAUAAUUAAUUUGUAAGGACAAGGACAAUAGCUAAAAGUAAAGUUAACAAACUAAUAACAAAAUGCGGUGUCUUAUAUUCGUUUUCUGUGCGUACCGAUUAUCAGUGUGUAAUGCUCAGCUUGCUGAAGUGAAAGAAGCGCUAAACAAUAGUCUUCACACGGGUUUGACGGAAAAGAUAGGAAAUUUUUCCAUUGAAUUGCUGUAUCAUACAACUCAAGCACAGGAAAAAGGUACCAACUUAAUUAUUUCACCUAUCACAGUAUGGACAAUUUUAGCAGUCAUAGCAGAAGGAGCUGCCGACCAAACACUUACUCAACUCGCUAAAACGCUCCGCAUACAGCCCAGACUGAAGGAUAUCACUCGAAAAGACUACCAAGAAAUAGCCAAGUGGCUCCAAGUGAAUACGACGACAGUUGAACUUCAAAAACUAAAUUCCUUGUUUAUGGAUGAAGACAAUGGCCCCCAAAGAGAUUUUAUUGAAGCAGCAAAAGGGUAUGACACUCAUCUGAUACCAGUAAACUUCUCCAACCCCGAUGUUACUGCAAACUCGAUCAACAAUCUUGUAUCGAGUGUCACACAUGGUCGGAUAUCACAUCUCUUAGAUAGCAGCAACAUCAUUAACUCUAAACUAAUAUUAACCAGUGUUUUAUACUUCAAAGGGCAAUGGACUGUAGCCUUCAACUCCUCGUAUACUAGAAAACAACCUUUUUAUGACAGCACUGGAAAACAAUUGGGGGAAGUAAACAUGAUGUACAGACGGCAUACAUAUCCAUUUGCUAAUAUAAAAAAUUUGCAGGCUCGGGUACUCGAGAUCCCAUAUGGAAAAGACAACCGUUUGUCCAUGCUCAUAAUGUUACCCAACCCUGGGGUAUCAUUGAAUGAAAUGUUCUAUAAUUUUGGUAAUGAGUCAUUAGAUACAAUCUUCAAUGAGCUGAAAGUGUCAGUAGACGAAUACAGUGAUGAUGAAAUUGAUUGCUUUAUACCAAGAUUUAAGAUCGAAUCCAGUCUUGAAUUGACAGAUGCACUCAAGAGGAUGGGUAUUAUGGAUUUAUUUGAUGAGCGCAAAGCAAGACUGCCGUUAAUGUCCUUCUUUCCUGUACAUGUGUCAAGGAUAAUACAUAAAGCUGAAAUAGAGGUGACAGAAGAAGGCACAGUUGCAUCUGCCGCUAGCGCUGCUGAAUUCAGCAACCGUAUCGGUGUUAUACGGUUUGAAGCUAAUAGACCUUUCUGCUAUUUGAUUAUUGAAAAGGUCACUAAUACCAUAGCGUUUGGUGGUUUCUACCAUACACCCUCAUUAUUUUAAUUUUAUAUUGUUCAUACAAAAAAUUGCAAUUAAAUAUUUUAACUAGGUAAGUAUAUUACUUAACUGUGACAAUAUUGUGAUACAAGCUUUUCCAUGACAAUUUUUAUAAUCAUUAAGUAAAUAUUUUUUUAUAUUAAUUAGAUUAAAUAGGCUCUUUAUUUGAUUAUUAUGAUCUGAUAACAAUACAAUGCUCUUUAAAGGACUUCAUUUUUAUAAGUCAUUAUGUUUUUAAAAUAAAAUUUACAAGAAAUUGAUCUGAAUAAAAGAAUAAUUUAUACA